UUCCACUGCUAAAAAACCCUGAUUAUAAACUGCUCUGCUAAAAAACCCUAACCCUAAUUGUCUAACCAGCUCAUUCCCCUUCCUACAAUCCUUUCAAUCUUUCAUCCAUCAACACCGCCGCCACAUUUUCUCUCUUUCUCUCUCUAAAAAUGCCGCCAAAGUUGGACCCAUCUCAGAUAGUGGACGUCUUCGUCCGAGUCACCGGAGGAGAAGUUGGAGCAGCGAGUUCACUCGCUCCAAAAAUCGGUCCACUCGGUCUUUCUCCAAAGAAAAUAGGAGAAGACAUUGCUAAGGAAACUGCAAAAGAUUGGAAGGGUUUACGAGUGACUGUCAAACUUACUGUUCAGAAUCGUCAAGCCAAAGUUACAGUUGUUCCGUCUGCUGCUGCAUUGGUGAUCAAAGCAUUGAAAGAGCCAGAAAGAGACAGGAAGAAGACUAAGAAUAUUAAACAUACUGGUAAUAUUUCUCUUGAUGAUGUUAUUGAGAUUGCUAGAGUUAUGAGAAAUAGAUCCAUGGCUAAAGAAUUGAAAGGUACUGUUAAGGAGAUUUUGGGAACUUGUGUUUCUGUGGGUUGUACUGUUGAUGGUAAGGAUCCUAAGGAUUUGCAACAAGAAAUUACUGAUAAUGAGGUUGAAAUUCCUGAAAAUUAAUAAGCUAAUCGACUUGUUGUUUUCAAUUUCAUUAAUUUUGCGAUUAGUAAUCCUUCAGAGUAUUAUUAUUAGGGUUUUGAUGAAUGAUUAAUGAAAACAUAUGGUUAUAUUUGAAUGUUUUGGAUAUUUAUGUUCUUCCACAUUGUUGUUCCCUUUCUAAAUUGCAAAUGUUUUCAUUGAUAA